AUGAACGAAUUAGAAACAAGUUUAUCAUUAUGGGCAAUAUGUUCCAUAAUAUUAUUUGAAAUUUUAAUUCUUAUUUGUCUAUUUCGAUGUUAUUUUAAUCGUAUUAGACCAAAAAAGUUUUAUCUUAAACGAGAAGAAUAUGAAUAUUUACAAGAUAUUAAUAAUAAUAGUAGACAAACGAAAUUUCCAUCAAUUAUUCUUCGUCCACCACAUGCUGAUGAAUUAGCACUUGUUGGUACUAUUCGAGGUCAACAUCCUAUUGUAACAUAUAAUAAAGGUGUACAAAAUUUUGGUUAUUAUCCUUAUGAUGAAGAUAAAAAAAUUCCACAAGUAUCAACAUCAUCAACAUCCUCAUCAUCAUCUCAACAUUGGCUUGAUUUACAAUCACCCAUAAUAAAUACAGCACAAUUACCACCUGCUAAUUAUGAAAUUCAUUCCCAUCCGAUAGAUAAUUAUGCUUUUAGACAUUCUCCGCUUCCUCGUCCAAUUAUUACAGAUCUUCAUCAAUAUCGUGAAGACUAUGUUAAUGAUGAUGAUGAUAAUAGUCAAUUAGAAAAUUAUCGAUUUCAAUCUUUUCGUCGUCCCAAAAUAAUUCUUCCACAAGUACAUCGAAUUGAUACAUCAACUGAAUUUCAUGGUAUUAAUUAUUCAAAUAUUGUACCAAAGUCUAUUCUUAAAAGUACUACAAGUAUAACACCACCGAAUGAUUUUCUUUCAACUCCAUAUUUACAAACACAAGAUAGUCCAACAUCAUCAAAUUCUGAUGAAUCUUUACAAAAAUCAAUUAAAAUUACUAAACAUCAAUCUAAACCAAUGAAUUAUUCAAUAAAUUCAAUUGAAACAAGAAUACCAAUCGAAUCAAUUUUAUCACCUACUCUACCAUUCUCAUCGAAUUAUCAAAUGAGAUUUGCUAAUGUUAAUCAAUUAAAUGAUAUUGAAUGGGAAACUCCAAGAGAGUUUCAAACUAUUAUUCAUGAAAACGAAACAUUUUAUUCUAAUCAUGAACAAACUUCCUCAUCUAUUAUCGAUUCUAAAAUUUCUAUAUCACAACGACGUGAAAUGAAUCGUCUUCAUGCUCAUUAUUUGUCGAAAAACGAUAUCACACAACAACAGGCAUUUGAAUACUAA